GAUUUCAUAUAAAGAAAAGUGUAGUAAGCUUCACAAAACAGGAUCUAGCAAUAGUUACUGGUCUGAAAUUGAGUGGGGUGAAGCCAGUUAUGUCAGAAAAACCAACUGGAGAUAUCUGGACACGAUAUCUUGGAGGAAAGACAUUAGUGACAAGAAAUGAUAUUCUAAAGGUGCUAAAUAAAUACAAAAGCACUAAUGAAGGGACAAUGAGGUAUGAUGGUGUCAAGUUAGCACUCCUGUAUGUGCUUUCACAUGGAUUCUUAGGAAAUCAAACAGCUAGGCCAAUGGAAGCUUACUACUUGAAUCUGGUUGAUAAUUUGGAGGACUUUAAAGCUUACCCAUAGGGAGAGGUUGUGUGGAAUGAGUUGCGAAGUUAUAUGAAACAAAGCUGUGAAGCAUUAGAAAACUGCAUACGUACAAGAGUUACAUUCCCUGGGUGCAUGAUUGCAUUACAAGUGUGGGCAUUUGAAACCUUUCCAAGUCUGUCAAAAGCCGGUUUAUGCAAAGUCAUAGAAGGAAGAGAAGAUAUAAUGCCAAGGACACUUAAGUGGGCGUUCCAUAAGAAACCAUCAUUGGAAGUUUUUUGUGAGCUUAUCUUCUACAAUGAGAAGUUUGAAUGGACAGAAAUUGUUCCAAUGGAGCAGGAGCUUGCACUGAUCCAAG